AGUUUGCAUUAUCUGGCUUUCCGCUCUAUGGUUUGAUUUGUGGUGUAGGUUCGUCUAGCCUGUUGUCUAGUCUCUGUGGUAGUAGCAGUCCUCCCGGUCCGGUAACACACGUGCAUAUGGCUGCUCUGCGCUUCCAUGAGCUGGGGAUAGAUGACCGGCUGCUGAAGGCCAUUGCAGAUUUAGGAUGGGCCAAGCCAACCUUAAUCCAGGAGAAGGCCAUUCCCCUGGCCAUGGACGGCAAGGACCUUCUGGCACGAGCAAGGACAGGCUCUGGGAAAACUGCAGCUUACUUAAUUCCCAUAAUACAGAAUCUUCUUCAGUCUAAGAUGUCCGUUUCUGAACAGGCCGUCCAGGUUCUAAUUCUGGUACCUACCAAGGAACUUGGCCACCAGGUUCACCAAAUGGUUCGGCAGCUGACCACCUACUGUGCCCGUGACGUCAGAGUGGCAGACAUAUCUGGCCAGGCAGACAUUUCUGCUCAGAGACCAAUACUAAUGGAAAAACCAGACAUUGUGGUCGGUACGCCAUCUCGAGCACUGGUUCACAUGAAGCAACAGACACUGUGUGUUCGCGAUACCCUCCAAGCUUUGGUCAUCGACGAGGCCGACCUUGUCUUCUCCUUUGGGUUUGAAGAAGAUUUGAAGAGUUUGCUGUGCCAACUCCCCAAGAUUUUCCAGUCUUUCCUCAUGUCGGCCACAUUCAACGAGGACGUCCAGGCGCUAAAGGAGCUUGUUCUGCACAAUCCAGUCACCCUGAAGUUGGAGGAGUCACAGUUGCCCGACAGCUCCCAACUCACGCAGUACCAGAUUCAGUGUGAGGAGGAAGACAAGUUCCUUUUGCUCUAUACUUUGCUUAAACUUUCCCUCAUCCGUGGCAAAACCAUCAUAUUUGUGAAUAAUGUGGAGAGGAGUUAUCGGUUGAAACUGUUCCUGGAGCAGUUUAGUAUCCCAGCCUGUGUGCUAAACUCGGAGCUGCCGGUGCAGUCUAGGUGUCACAUCAUUGCACAGUUUAACCAGGGCUUCUAUGAUUACAUUAUUGCAACGGAUGAACAAUCGUUAUCUGACCCAGCUGAAAAGAAGGGAAAGAAGUCGGCUGGCAAGAAAAAGGGAGGAAGAGGAGAAAAAGGUCAGGACAGUGAGUACGGCGUGUCCCGGGGAAUAGACUUCCAAAACGUUUCUACAGUGUUAAACUUUGACUUCCCCCAGUCUGUUGACUCCUAUAUUCACCGUGCUGGAAGGACAGCCCGUGCUAAUAACCCAGGUGUGGUUCUUACGUUUGUAGCACACACAGAGCUCCCCCUGCUGACAGACAUAGAGGAGGCGCUAGGUGGAGGUGCCGCCCAGGAGUGUGUACUGAGUCCCUACAGGUUCCGCAUGGAGGAGGUGGAAGGGUUCCGUUACCGCUGUAGGGAUGCAAUGAGGUCAGUAACCAAGCAAGCUAUAAAGGAGGCACGUCUAAAGGAGAUAAAGGAAGAACUGCUAAACUCUGAGAAACUAAAGACCUAUUUUGAGGACAACCCUCGGGACUUCAAUCUACUUCGGCAUGAUAAAGCGUUGCACCCUGCAGUAGUCAAGCCUCACUUGAAGAAUGUUCCUGAUUAUCUGAUCCCUCCUUCCCUGCGCUCUAUCGUGGACCCUCUAAUGAGAAAGAGAAAAAGGAGGAGAAUGCAGUCGGCACCCUCAAAGGCCCCAGCUAAAAAGUUCAAGAAGACACAGAACCCGCUACGAACCUUCAAAAACACAAAGGGGAACAGGAAGGCGGCCACCAAGAAAGGGCAAUCCUGAUCAAACGCCACCAUCAUCGGCAAUCAGAAUGAUGGAUGAGAUAUAGGACUUUAAUACCUGUACAUGAAACCCCCUGAGCGCACAUUAUUGUAUGGGGUACAAUGACUCUUGUUCUGGCAGAGGAACACCCUGCAGUGUCGAACGGAGCAGAUUUUAGUAUCUCUGUGUAAAGUGCCUUGUAAAUAAACAAGUUGUCCUCUAUUGAA